CUUGUACAGGAUGCAAGAGCAGAUUUUUUUUGUCAUAUUCUUGGUGGAUGCUCCAAUUCAACAACAACAACAAUAACAACAACAACAACAACAUCAGAAAACAAUCUUAUUUCCUCAGGUGUUCCUUCAGCAACCUUAGAUCUUCCAUCCACCAUUCAACCACCUCUAUUUACUAGUACUACCCUCCCUCCUCAAAUGACUUCUUCUUUUGAUGAUCCUCACACUACAACUCUACAAUCAUCCACUACGUUUGAUAUGCCUACUUCCACUUAUAAAAAACCAACCACUUCAUCAACACUGCCUCCCUUAUCUUCCUCCUCCUGGUUGUCCAGCGGAUUGUCUGCUACCCCAACGAUGUCAGGCAGUGCCAGUCAAUCUCCAGUUUCUUCUUCUUCAACUUCCGCCGCUCCAUCUCAAACAUCUGAAACUCAAAAUUCCUCUAGCACUAAUAAAAAUACAGGUGCCAUCAUCGGUGCUGUCUGCGGUGUUGCUGCCCUUCUGGGUGCUGGGUUUGCUUAUGCAUUCUUUUCAAAGACCAAGAGAAGAAGAGAGCGUCAAGAAAGACUCAACAGUAAUAGUGGCGAUCCGUUUGAUAGUGGUUAUAACAACCAGGCUGAUAAUUACAAUAAUAACGGUCGACCUUCGCCUGCUCUUGCUGCCAACAAUAUUCAUCAGAAUCAAUAUGAGAUGACAGAGCCCUAUCAAAAUAAUAAUAUGCCAUCACCCCAGCCUCCUAUAGCAGCCACCGUGAUGCAUGCUCAUCAUGAUCCAUACUAUGCUUCUCCACAAAUGAGUUAUGCAACCAAUCCCAGCACAAAUUACUAUAACCAGCCUUAUUAUGACACAGGUAUGGGAUACCAACAACACUACGAUCCAUAUGUAGCUUCUGCUCCUCCAGUAAUGCCUUUUCAGGGAAACACAAUGGCUUACGAUGGCAGUAACAAAGUAGCUAUGCAACCCGCCACAAACCCACCUGUUUAUUCUGCUCCUCAUACUUAUCCAGAAAACAUACUACAGAAGCCAUCUGCACAUGACUAACUUGUCCAUCUUUUAUCAUUCUAUAUAUAUAUAUAUAUGAUAAGAAAGAGAAACCUUUCUCUAUUUGUAUUCAUGUAACCAUACUUAUUCAUAAAAUUGCGUAUUCUUUUAAUUACAUGGAUUUAGAAAGUAUAAUCGUUAACGGCAAGCUAAUAUAAAUUACUUGAUCUAAGUUGAAAUGCUUCGUUUUAAGCAUUCACGCC